AUGUACUUUGACCUAAAACCCGACAAGCAGAGCUUGCUUGAAGAGCCAUCUAUUGCCCUUAAACCCUUUGAAUGUGCCACCUUGCGUGCUUUCUGGCUCAUCGCUAAUGAAGAAUAUGACCCUCCUGGCUACCUGUACCAGCCUGCAGAGAUGAACGGCCAUGUCCUGGAGUACACCGCUCUGCCUGGCACUAGCCGCAUCAACGGGGGCAUCCACGGCGGGUACGGGCACAGCGGGCCCAUGUUACCCCAAACUUGCCAUCACCUCCACCAUAAACACCCCAACGGCUUGGCUCUGCUCAAUGGCUCAGGCGGCCACUUCUCACCCGGCCACCCACACAGCCACGAUGGCACCCUGCCCCACAGCGCUGUGGACUGCGAACACUCCCACCCCCACCCCCACCCCCACCACCACCAUAAUGGAGGAGGGAUGUACACGGCUCUGCCCCAGACAGAGUCUUCAGACUGCAUGAGCUGUCAAAACCUCUGCAACAACAACAGAUGUUACACCAAGACCAACGGCACUUUCUCCAGUGGCACUCUGUCCUUAUGCAUCGCAUGCUCCGUGCCAGCAGGAUGGGUUGGAGAUGGUCCCUCUGGGCCAGGUCUUGACUCAGUGCCACCGCCUUGA